CUAACAGAUGAAGACCUGGAGCUGGGUUUAGGUGUCAGCAGUUUAAUGCAUCGCCGGAAACUCCGCCUGGCCAUAGAGGAUUACAGAGAUGCUGAGAACGGCUGUCCAAGGCUGCAGAUAUGGACCACCACUGGGUGGCCAAGGCCUGGUUAAGCGACAUGGGCUUGCCUCAGUACUCCCAGGCCUUUCACAACCACCUCGUAGACGGACGUCUGCUGAACUCCCUCACACGUCGUGACCUUGAACGUCACCUCAACAUCACCAAGAAGUUCCACCAGGUCAGCCUGCUGCUGGGCAUCGAACUGCUGCACUUACUCAAUUUCGACAAGGAGGCGCUGCAGGCUCGCCGGGUACAGUGUGAGCACCAGAACGUGGAUCCGUUGGUAUGGACCUCUCAUCGGGUCAUGAAAUGGAUCAAAGAUAUUGACCUUAAGGAGUUUGCCGAAAGUCUUCUAAGCAGCGGCGUUCAUGGCGCUGUCAUGGUGCUUGACCCCACUUUUAACACUGACGCCAUGGCAACAGCACUGGGGAUCCCCAGCAACAAGCACAUGGUUCGCCGACACCUUGUCGAGGAGAUGAAAAACCUGAUUGGCCCGGCCAGGACGGAUGCCAAGCAGGACUACGAGCAUCUAAGCCUGGGAACACCUCCAACCCCCCUUCGCCAGAACUCCCUGGGGAGACCGCCGAGCUCCACCGGACGACACACCGAUGACGAAGGCUCGCUGAGGAGGAGGGCUGUCAAGCCUCCAACAGGGUUCAGCCCCAAAGCCCGCAAUGGGCGAGACUUGAGUUGCCAUAGCAGCUACGGCUCCCUGCCUCGGGAGGGUCGAGACCAGACUCCGCCCAGAGCCGAGGGAAGCCCGAUCCACGGCUACACCAGCAUCGAGGUCACCAACGUGUGAGGUCAUCAGAGUGCGACGAAACACCGGCCGCUUCAUCACAACUAAAUCUACAUCAUGGACAUUUGUCAUGUGCGCCUGAACUUGAGAUGGUUAUUUUUUCAAGAGAUGAGAAUUUACAGGACAGAUUGCACUUUUUAAACGGGACAGGAUUCUUUUUCACAAGUUUCCUGGUUUAAGUAAAAAAUAAAAAAGAUAAGACCCAUCGUGGGCAGGUGGUAUUUUGAUGUUUUUGAAGGGAGUUAUUUCCCUUCUCCAACGCCAGAAUCAAGGAAUGGAGGACUCAAGCUAAAUGAUUAUUUUUGUAUUUUCUUGUGUGUAAAUGGUUCUUUGUGAAUCGGAUGUGACUUAUCAAUUUGUUUUUGUUGACAGGUUGCUAUACACUGUUUCUCUGAGGGAAAUGAGAUCUUAAAAAAACAAGACUGUGUGUAUAAUACAGGGUACUUGAUGACAAAAUGGAAAAAAGCUUCAUAUCAGUGUAAAUUGCUCUCGUUUCAUUCAGUUCUACUGUUUGUGAUGCCUCGUCAACGUAGCGGAGGACAGUGGCCAAAAAAAAGAGACUUGAAUUGAAUUUUAAAUUCUAGAGUUUAUGUUUGAUAGUCAUUUUUCAUCUGCAUUUACACAGUUGUGUCUAAACACAUGUAGCACUCUCUUCUGAUGUUUUAUACUGUGCAGUAAACCUGGAAAAAAUAUUUGAACAAUACCAACAAAAGAUGACUAAGUCCAUAGAAGCCUAGUGGCUGAAAGAUUUGAGGAUGCAUUAAUGUGAAAAUGAAAGAGAUCAUUUUAAUUAAAUAAAGAUGACAUCUCAAAU